GUUGACCUCAGCCGGUGAUUCGUUAAUGAUCCUUAUUGAUAUCUCUUCAAUUACGACCGUUCAUCCAGGCGCCGGCAUUUUUUGUCAUUGUCUUGUUAAGGGAUGGGAUGACUCCUGCUCUUCAAUCACACCUCGCUUCGUGCGUGGAAACGUACGAAUCGCCCACGACGACAGAUCUCCGGUGACGUUAGUGGGAGCCUUCGGAGGCAGGCAUUCUAGCCUUAUCUUAACCUCACUUUUUGUCCUUCAGUCGUGCAAACUGUCGUCUAUUUUGAGCCACUGGAUAAACCACGAUGUCGCGAGUGUGUCAAACCGAUUCGUCCUUCGGUCCUGGAAUUGGGUCAUGUCGUGGGGGCUUCGAUUUCACGUUGGUCUUUGAGGACAGCGUGCUUGGGCUGUUGCCACAGGCAGCCUUCUUGCUAUUCGCACCCAUCCGAUUGGCCACUCUCCGAAGGCGGCGGCAUAAGGUCGCCAAAAACUCCCAUUUGGGGGUUUUAAAGCUGGUUGCGACUGGUUGUUAUGCCAUCUCAUCUAUUCUCCUCCUCGUCAUCUGGGCAAAAAUCGAAUCUUACAAGACGAAGCUAUCCAUUUUAUCAGCCUCGUUGGAAUUCCUUGGGUCCCUUGUCCUUGUGACUCUGUCUCGGCUCGAACAUACGAGGGCAGUGAGGCCAAGCCAUCUGCUUCAAUUUUUCUUGCUGGUCCUGCUGCUGUGUGACGCCGUCCGGCUGCGGACCCUUUUCUUAGUUGACUAUCCGUCAGUUCUGGUCACCUCUGCGUCAAUCCACACAUUCUUGACCGGGCUACUACUAUUGUUGGAGUCUCUUGACAAAAGGGAGUUAUUCUAUUCGGACGAAGACCGCACCUUGCCUCCUGAAGAGACCGUAGGCCUGUUUGGCAAGAGGCUAUUUUGGUAUCUUAAUGGCCUCUUCAAAGAAGGUUAUCAGAAGAUACUUAAGCCUGGUGACUUAUUCAGCGUUGAUGCAGAUCUUGCAUCGAAACAACGAAACAUUGCUUUUGAGGAUGUCUUCCGCCGUCAGAAAACAAACAAAAAUGCCCCAUUGGCUCGUACCAUCAUUAGGGUGCUUUGGGUUGACUUAAUUCUGCCAGUGAUUCCAAGGUUACUCCAAAUAGCCACGAGCCUGAGCCAGCCCUUUCUAAUCACCGCGAUGAUCAAUUUCGUGCAAUCGAAAGAUGAACCUAGUGUGAACGUCGGGUAUGGACUUAUUGGAGCAUUUGGACUCAACUACUCUCUCCUAGCUAUUUCCUCAAGCUGGUAUGCCCAAAGCGUGGCUCGGUUCUCGACCAAGUUGAGAAGCUGCCUAAUAUCAUCUCUAUACGAACAAACCCUUCGGAUCACAUCCAAAGACGUAAAUCUAGGAUCGGCAACCGUUUUGAUGAACGUAGACGUUGAAAAGAUACUCAAUGGUGUUAAAAAUAUGCAUGAGGUUUGGGCUAUGGUCAUAAGCACCGGCGUUGCGCUCUACAUCCUCUACACACAUCUCGGGGUCGCCCUCAUAGCACCCUUUCUCACGACCCUAGUUGCGACGGGAAUUUGCACAUGGAUUGGCAAGUACAUGAAAGCUCGCCAAAUGGAUUGGGUCGCUACUACCCAAGCUAGAGUCACGUCGAUUAGUUAUUCGAUCGGCUGUAUAAAGGGUGUUCGAAUGCUUGGUCUCACAGAAACAGUUCUCCGAAUGCUAACAGGGCUCCGCGAAGCGGAAGUAGCUGCUCACAACUUCGUUCGAAAGUUGCUCGUCUGGAUACUUCUGAUCUCGAAUGUUAUGUUCCAGAUGACGACACUCGCUACGUAUGUCACGUUUGUCGUCAUUGCGGUCACUAGGCGCGACGGUCCUUCACUCGACUUUAAAGUUUUAUAUGGGUCUCUCUCUGCUCUAAAGCUCGUCACAUCACCUAUGAUCUUAGUUUUACAGCAGAUCCCACAAAUUAUGGCUAGUUGGGCGUCCUUAGAACGGAUCCAAUCCUUUCUUCAUGGCGAUUCGAUAUCCCACUAUGCAGGAGAUGGCUUACCUGGGAGUACUGGCAUUGACAGGAUCGAACUUGAUCCUAUACAGACUCGAGAAUCAUUUAAACGCCAGACGCCGUCUUUUAUUGUAUCCAUGGAAAAUGCAACUUUUGCAAUUGAUGAUACUAAGUCACUUCUCUUCAACAUCCAAUUGGAACUCCCGCCUCAAUCGCUUAACAUGGUCGUGGGUAAGGUUGGGUCUGGUAAAUCACUCCUACUGCGCUCCCUGAUAGGGGAGACGAAACUUCUCUGUGGUUCCUUUCAGGCUCCGUCGUCUGGUACAGCGUUCUGUGAUCAGACAGUUUGGCUUCGAAACGCAACUGUGCGGGAGAACAUCAUUGCAGAGGAUACCUUCGAGGAACCUUGGUACAACUCGGUUGUCUGGAGUUGUGGGCUCGUCCAAGAUCUGACUGAAAUGAAGAAAGGAGACAUGACUCUCAUCGGCUCCAAAGGAAUCUCGUUGUCCGGGGGACAGAAGAAUCGAAUUUCCCUCGCACGUGCUCUCUACGCGCGAAAACCUAUUCUUGUCGCCGAUGACAUCUUUUCUGGCUUAGACAGCGCCACCGAGAAGCUUGUUUUUGAUCGUGUCUUUGGCCGAAACGGUCUUCUUAGGAAAUCCGGGGCGAUGGUCAUCCUGGCCACUCAUGCAACCUAUUUUGCACGCCACGCAGAUAGAAUUAUUGUCCUAGCUGAUGGCCAUAUUAUUGAGCAGGGAACGUAUCAGGAAUUAAUAACCAGAAAUGUGAAUCUACACGAAAUCAGCGGGGAUUAUAGCCAUGAAAAUCUAUAUGAUGAUCUGCUGGAUGAUAUCGACUCGGAAGCUUCAGAAACAGCAAUCUCACCAAACCCGGAGCCACAAUUGGAAGAAGAUGAGGAGGAAGAUGUAGCACGGCGAUCCGGAGACAGGCGAAGUCUGCUCUUUUUCAUUUCCGCCGUUGGGACACUGCACUGUAGUGUCUAUUUUAGCCUACUCACCCUGACCACGGCAGCAACCACGAUUCAAUUCUUAUGGCUGAAAUGGUGGGCGCAAUCCGCCAGCUCAAGCAAAUCGGCGACUAUGAGGAAUCUAUACUUGUUCGUAACCAUUACUGCAGUCAAUAUCUUCCUAUAUUUUCUCUGGCUAGGCCACUUUGCGCUGUGGUUCAUUCCUAGAUCAAGCUUGGCACUUCACGCUCGGCAGUUGAACGCCCUUAUGCGAGCCAAGUUCUCGUACCUAGUAUCAACAGAUAUUGGAACGAUCACAAAUCGGUUUUCGCAGGAUAUCGUGCUUGUAGACAACUCACUCCAAUAUUCAUUCAUAAAUGUGACUUCAGAACUACUCACUAUAAUAUCAGGGAUUUCGAUCCUUGUAGUGGCAACUCCCCCGGUAGCUGCUAUAAUCCCUCUGCUUGCGGCUGCAGGGUACCUUAUUCAACGAGUGUACCUACGGACAUCUAGGCAAGUGCGAUUGAUGGAUCUCGAAGCCAAAGCACCUCUUUGCACACAUUUUCUUGAAAGCCUCGCUGGGAUUGUUACGAUCCGAUCUUUCGGAUGGGCAAAUUCCUACCGUGAUAAAAACAACAAGUAUCUUGACCAGUCUCAAAUCCCCUUCUAUCUCCUUUUCGCAAUUCAGAACUGGCUGAAUCUGGUGCUUGAGCUUAUGGUCUGUGGGCUUAUUACUGUUAUUGUUGGGUUGGCUGUGGUACUGAGAUCGAAGGUCGAUCCUGGAUACCUUGGAUUAGGUUUAGUAGCUGCUAUGGACCUUGGAUUCAACUUCCGCAUCAUCAUCAUAGCGUGGGCCGAAUUCGAAACCUCUCUUAGCGCAGUAACGCGCAUUCGCCAAUUCUCCAAAACACCGUCCGAAAUUCAAGAGACAUCGCAACCUGAUCCACCAGACUCCUGGCCCAUGAAAGGCUCAGUUCAGUUCAAGAACCUUGUAGCGAGUUAUUCAGUCGACGGUAAACCGACUCUGAACCGCAUCGACUUGAGCAUUGAACCCGGUGAGAAAAUCGGACUUUGCGGUCGUACCGGCAGCGGGAAAUCCAGCCUCCUUGCCACGUUGUUCGGACUUUUGCACGAACAGGAUGGGGAGAUUCUCAUCGACAACAUACGUACGGUCGACGUCUCCCUGUCGGUUCUCCGGUCGAAGAUCAUUGCAAUGCCUCAAGAUCCAUUCUUCUUGCGUGGUACUGUACGACACAACCUCGCACCAUGGAUUCCAGAAGCUAAAAUGCCUUCGGUGUCCGAUGCCCAGAUGCAGGACGCCUUGGAACAGGUUCAACUCUGGGAAAAGUUAAGCACAGGAAUGGAGGGUGGGGAGGUAUCAGCACUGGAUGUCAGCCUGGAUAACGUGGAGAGCUUGUUGAGUCAAGGGGAGAGACAACUGUUUUGUCUCGCAAGGGCGAUCCUAAUGCCUGGGAAGAUUGUAGUGCUCGACGAGCCAACCAGCAGUGUGGACGCCGAAACAGACGCCUUAAUGCAGAGCAUACUCUGCACCGCCUUCGCUAACCGUACCAUCAUUGCCAUCGCUCACCGCCUCGAUACAAUCCUCAGUUUCGACCGUGUGGUGGUCAUGGAUGCAGGACGGAUUGCGGAGGUUGGGGACCCGGCAGUGCUGAUGAAGACAGCAGGCAGUUUGUUUAGAGGCCUUGUCGAGAACCAGGGGAAGAAGUAAGACGGUUCGGGACGCCGGAUGAUCGCCCAGCGACGACCCAUUUGCUGGAUUUAAACAGCCUGCUGUUGAGAAGUUUGUUCGUGUUGGGUGUUGUGUGCAGAAUUGCGGCGUGUCGCGGUCGUGUGGGUCUUGGUGUCGACCUAGUGGCUCGCGGUUUGGGAGAUGUUCGCUGUCC